AGUUGCCCCCGGCGACGUUCGGCGGCCGUUCACUUGUCUCAACAUCGUUUGUUUAUUUCGCUCAUUUUGCGAGUGCCGCCCGAGGUAGCGAUGGGGGACAUCCGGCAGUCCUUGUUGCCUCGUGAUGUGCUGAGCGCCGCCAAGGAGCUGCUGUACCACCUGGACAUCUACAUCAGUAACCUGGUGCAAUCGGGGAGGCAGCCUCCUCAGGUGGACACGAAAACCUUGGAGCUGGUUGAGGAAUUCAUUCUGCAUGCACCUAAGGACAGAAACGCACUCACCAGGAGAAUGAGUGCCCUUCAGGAGCUUCAGCUUCUGGAAAUCAUGUGCAGCUGUUUCCAGGAGCAGAGCCGGGAUAGCGUUCGUCAGCUUAUGUUCUCUGCCCUCUUCAGCCUCCAAGGGAACCAGGCAGAUGACAGCCGCAUGGCACUGCUGGGCAAACUGGUUUCUAUGGCAGUUGCUGUGGGCAGAGCUCCCAUCUUAGAGUGUGCUGCCACCUGGCUGCAGAGGACCCACCGGGCAUACUGCGUGCGCCUGGCACAGGUGCUGGUGGACGACUACUGCAGCAUGAUGCCAGGUUCGGUGCCCACCUUACAGAAUAUCCACAGUGCCAGUCCACGCUUCUGCUGCCAGUUCAUCACUGCUGUUACCACCCUCUACGACUUCUCCUCAGAGGAACUAAUCCCUCCUCUAGAACUCCUCCACAUGAUUGUGUCGUGGAUCGAAGAUGAACCUCGCCUCGUCCUGGUCACCUUCCUAAACACGGCGCUUUCUGGCAGCCAGCCAAUCAGCUCACUCGAUGUCACACCUCUAGGGGGGUUGGUGCGCUGGUGCGUCAAAGCCCCGCUGGGCGACAAGAGGGACAAGAAGCAGGCGUCCGCACACGGUAGCUCAGAGAGUGAGCAGGAAGUGGCGGGUCUCUUCUCGGCACUCCAUUUGAGUGUCCUGCAGGUCUUCAUGCUCCUACCGAACAUCCUCAACGAGAAAGGCAUUUUCGGUCGCAUGGCGCUCCUCCAGAUGGACUCGGUGGCCUCGCUGACCUCUGACCUUUCCCGGCAACUGGACCAGGCCGACAAGCACACUCGCACGUCGACCGCAGACGUACAUGUGCUGACGCAGUUGGCUCUGGACAGGCUGGCUCAGGCCCUGCAGGUUGCCAUGGCCAAUGGAGCCUUGCUCUGCUCCAGAGAGGACCUGAGAGCCAUCUGUUCACGCCUCCCACACAACAAUUUGCUCCAGCUGGUGUUGUCAGGUCCAGUGAUGUACUACAACAACAUCCACACGCCCCCUCUGGCCUUCAGUCCGCACGCAUCCCACGGGCCAAUGGCCGCGCACCCUAUACAUGCGGCGCACGCCCCGCACACGCCGCUGGCCUCCCAUCCCUCGCCCCAUCCCGCCUCCCACCCCCAGUACCCGGCCCAGCCCUUCGUGACAGGGAUACCGUUUCCUUUCCGACCUGGCCACUGAAGACAAACACAAAAAAAGUCAUCCUCUUUUGUGAGUUACUCAUUUUUGUCUAUAUGUGUGCAUAAAACGUUUGUUUGUGUGUGCGUGUGAAUGACUUCUUGUACAUUGUGUAAAGUAUUGUAAUGUUAAUAAGCACAUUGACUCUUGAGAGUCUGUGUGGCUAGCAUGU